AUGCGUGAGAUCGUUCAUCUGCAGACCGGCCAAUGUGGUAACCAAAUCGGUGCUGCCUUCUGGCAGAUCAUCUCAGGCGAACAUGGCCUCGACGGCUCGGGAGUCUACCACGGCACCUCAGACCUCCAGCUUGAGCGUAUGAACGUCUAUUUCAACGAGGCUUCCGGCAACAAGUAUGUGCCUCGCGCAGUUCUCGUCGAUCUCGAGCCGGGUACCAUGGAUGCCGUUCGAGCUGGUCCUUUCGGCCAACUUUUCCGACCUGACAACUUCGUCUUCGGCCAGAGCGGAGCUGGAAACAACUGGGCCAAGGGUCACUACACUGAAGGUGCCGAACUGGUCGAUCAAGUUCUUGACGUCGUCCGCCGUGAAGCCGAGAGCUGUGAUUGCCUUCAAGGUUUCCAGAUCACCCACUCUCUCGGCGGUGGUACUGGUGCUGGUAUGGGCACGUUGUUGAUCUCUAAGAUCCGCGAGGAGUUCCCUGAUCGGAUGAUGGCCACUUUCUCCGUCGUCCCAUCUCCCAAGGUCUCUGACACUGUUGUCGAACCAUACAAUGCGACGCUCUCAAUUCAUCAGUUGGUUGAGAACUCUGAUGAGACUUUCUGCAUUGACAACGAGGCUCUUUACGACAUUUGCAUGCGUACCCUCAAGCUGGCGAACCCAUCGUACGGCGACCUGAACCACCUUGUCUCCGCCGUCAUGUCUGGCGUCACCACUUGCUUGCGAUUCCCUGGUCAGCUGAACUCUGAUCUUCGAAAACUGGCUGUGAACAUGGUUCCCUUCCCGCGUCUCCACUUCUUCAUGGUCGGCUUCGCCCCUCUCACCAGCCGCGGUGCCUACUCCUUCCGUGCUGUCACGGUUCCAGAACUCACACAACAGAUGUUCGACCCGAAGAAUAUGAUGGCCGCUUCGGACUUCCGAAAUGGUCGCUACCUGACCUGCUCAGCCAUCUUCCGUGGCAAGGUCAGCAUGAAGGAAGUUGAAGAUCAGAUGCGCAACGUGCAGACCAAGAACAGCAGCUACUUCGUCGAAUGGAUCCCGAACAACGUCCAGACCGCCCUUUGCUCCAUCCCGCCACGUGGCUUGAAGAUGUCGUCGACCUUUGUGGGCAACUCCACUUCGAUUCAAGAACUGUUCAAGCGUGUCGGAGAUCAGUUCACGGCCAUGUUCCGUCGCAAGGCUUUCUUGCAUUGGUACACUGGUGAGGGUAUGGACGAGAUGGAGUUCACCGAGGCCGAGUCCAACAUGAACGACCUUGUCUCGGAGUAUCAACAAUACCAGGAAGCUAGCAUCUCCGAAGGCGAAGAGGAGUAUGGUGAGGAGGAGGCUCCUCUCGAGGAAGAGGUGUAA